AUGAAGUACUCAGACCAUGCCAACCUAAUCGAGACGGCCUUGGAGGCUUUAAAAAGUCAACAGUUGCGCCUCAAAGUGCAGCGCCGACGUAUGGUGCGCUGGCGCCACCGACGAAAGGAAACGCUGGCUACCAUCCGUGACGAGAUACAGCGUCUGGAAAAUGUCUUGGAGCAGCUCCUUUAUAAGGCACAAACGACACUGCAUCAGCUAUCUCCAGAAUCCACGAGUGUAGCCUUGUACCGAGUUACGAUCGAGAGGGCGGCGCUGCAUAGAGAAAUUCUACAGCUGCAAGAUGCGAUUACCCGUCACCUCGAAAUUGAAACCAAGCUAAAGCGCGAAACAGACCAGUUUAGACGCGAACUACAUUAA